UGCCACUGUGGGUGUGCCCGGACUGCCGGCGGGCUGUGGAGAAAGAGGGGGGACCCGGAGGCCCGGACCAGCCCGCGGUUCGGGUUGCUGUCGCGUCUGCCCUGUGUUCCUGUGUGCCGGGCGGUAUCACUGGUACUAGUGCUGAGCAGGUCAGAAAGGGUCCUGCUCUCGUGGGACUGGUCGUCCAGUGAUGAAGACGGGAUAAAGACGAGAAAGCAAGGAGAGCACCGGGAUUUCAGAUAGCAGUUGAGAGACAGGGCCAAGACUUUCUUCUCCACGCCCCUCUUGGCGGGUCCCAGGUGGAGGCCGGCGGCGGGAGGCUAGCUUUGGGCGCCCAGCCGCUGCCUUCGGACGCGGCGUGUGCCUGCGAGGCCUGCAGCGAGCGCAGGGAGACCUCGGCAGAUGCGGAGCGGGAGCCACAGCAGCUGCAGAACUGCUGGUCCGAGGUGCGCUACAUGGUCCGCUGUAUUUACCGCCAGGCGGGGACCCCACUGGCCGACGACCAGGACCAGUCCCUGGUGCCUGACAAGGACGGGGUGCAGGAGCUCGUGGAUAGGCUCUGCGAGAGGGACCCCUACCAGCUGUACCAGCGGCUAGAGCAGCAGGCCCGGGAGUACGUGCUGGAGAUGAAGGUGCGCCUGCUCCGGCAGCUGUCAGCCGUGUCCAGGGUGAAGGCGCCAGCCGCCCUGCAGGGCCCCCCGCAGGCGCACCAGUUCGUGUCCCUGCUCCUCGAGGAGUACGGCGCCCUCUGCCAGGCGGCCCGCGCCAUCAGCACCUUCCUGGGCACUCUGGAAAAUGAGCACUUAAAGAAGUUCCAGGUGACCUGGGAGCUGCACAAUAAGCACCUGUUUGAAAACCUGGUCUUUUCGGAGCCCCUUCUCCAGAGCAACCUGCCAGCUCUACUGUCGCAAAUCAGGCUGGGAACCACGACACAUGACACCUGCAACGAGGACACCUACAGCACCUUGCUGCAGCGGUACCAGCGCUCCGAGGAGGAGCUGCGCAGGGUCGCCGAGGAGUGGCUGGAGUGCCAGAGGAGGAUCGAUGCCUACGUUGACGAGCAGAUGACAAUGAAAACCAAACAGCGCAUGCUAACGGAAGACUGGGAGCUUUUUAAACAGAGGCGAUUCCUGGAAGAGCAGUUCACGAAUAAGAAAGCGGUCACUGGUGAGAACAACUUCACAGAUGCCAUGAGGCACAUGCUCUCCUCACGGCUGAGCAUGCCCGACUGUCCCAACUGCAGCUACCGGCGGAGGUGUGCGUGUGAUGACUGCAGCCUCUCACACAUCCUCACAUGUGGUAUCGUGGACCCCCCUGUCACUGGUGACACCCACAUUCAUCAGCUGCCACUACAAGUGGGUUCUGCUGCUGACUGUCUCCCCGAGAUGCGCCCACCAAGUGUGUCAUCGGCAAGCUCAGGGUCAGGUUCCAGCUCCCCCAUUACAAUCCAGCAGCACCCCAGACUCAUCCUCACGGAUAAUGGCUCUGCACCAACUUUUUGUAGCGAUGAUGAAGACGUUGCUCCCUUGUCCGCUAAAUUUGCUGACAUUUACCCAUUGAGUAACUAUGACGACACCGAGGUGGUGGCCAGCAUGAACGGAAUCCACAGCGAAUUACAUGGUGGCGGGGAGAACCUGGCCCUGAAAGAUGAGUCCCCUCAGGUGAGCAGUACCACUAGCAGUUCUUCAGAAGCUGACGACGAAGAUGCAGAUGGCGAGAGUAGUGGGGAGCCCCCUGGGGCCCCAAAGGAAGACGCAGCUCUAGGAAGUGGGAGCCCCAGGAAGGAGGAAAGUAAAGUGGGCAGUCCACCCCCAUCUUACCCAACUCAGCAGGCUGAACAAUCUGCAGACACUUGUGAAUGUCAUGUUUGUAAGCAAGAAGCUUCUGGACUGCCAGUGUCAGCAAUGACAGCUGGAGCCCUUCCUCCUGGCCAUCAGUUCAUGAGCCCAGAGAAGCCCACACACCCCGCUUUGCACCUGUACCCCCACAUCCACGGACAUGUGCCUUUGCACGCUGUGCCACACCUGCCUCGCCCACUCAUCCACCCCACCUUGUACACGGCGUCCCCCUUCACACACAGUAAGGCUUUACCGCCAGCACCUGUUCAGAAUCACACAAAUAAGCAUCAGGUAUUCAAUGCAUCUCUUCAAGACCAUAUUUAUCCGAGCUGUUUUGGGACUACUCCAGAGUGGAAUAGUUCUAAAUUUAUAAGUCUUUGGGGAUCAGAAGUGAUGAAUGAUAAGAACUGGAGUCCUGGCACUUUCUUGCCAGAUACAAUUUCUGGCAGUGACAUAUUAGGGCCAACACUCUCAGAAACAAGACCCGAAGCCCUUCCACCUCCACCUAGCAGUGAAACGCCUGCAAUUUCGGAUUGUAAAGAGAAAAAAAAUGCUACAAAAAAGAAAUGUUUGUACAACUUCCAAGAUGCUUUCAUGGAAGCAAACAAAGUUGUGAUGGCCACCUCGUCAGCCACUUCCUCCGUGUCCUGCACGGCCACCACGGUGCAGUCUAGCAACAGCCAGUUCAAAGUGGCGUCCAAGAGGCCUCCUUCCAUAGGUGAGGUCUUCCAUGGCGUCAACAAGGAGGACCACAGGCAUGCCGUGCCAGCCGCCCCGAGGAACAGCCCCACGGGCUUGGCUCCGCUUCCUGCCCUCGCUCCUGCCGCCCUGCCACCAGGCCCCACGCCUCACCUUGCCAGUCUUGCAGCCCCAACCUUCCCCAAAACUGCAGUCACGUCUCCCAGCUUUGUGGAGUCACGCAAGAGCUUCUGUCCUGCUUCGGUGGGCCCCCCGCCCCCCGCCACGGAUGGCUCCAUUAGCGCGCCUCCCAGCGUCUGCAGUGACCCCGACUGUGAAGGGCACCGCUGCGAGAAUGGCGUGUACGACCCGCAGCAGGACGACGGGGACGAGAGUGCGGACGAGGACAGCUGCUCGGAGCACAGCUCCAGCACGUCCACCUCCACUAACCAGAAGGAGGGCAAGUACUGUGACUGCUGCUACUGUGAAUUCUUCGGGCAUGGCGGGCCUCCAGCUGCACCAACAAGUAGAAAUUACGCAGAAAUGAGGGAAAAGCUUCGUUUACGGCUGACCAAGAGAAAGGAAGAGCAGCCUAAGAAAACUGAUCAGCUCUCGGAGAGGGAGAGUGUGGUGGACCACCGAAGGGUGGAGGACUUGCUGCAGUUCAUCAACAGCUCAGAGACCAAACCAGUGAGCAGCUCUCGCGCAGCCAAGCGGGCGAGGCAUAAGCAGAGAAAGCUGGAGGAGAAGGCUCGCCUCGAAGCCGAGGCCCGGGCCCGGGAGCACCUGCACCUGCGGGAGGAGCAGAGGCGGCGGGAGGGGGAGCAGCAGCAGCUCAAGGAGGAGCUGCAGCGGCUCCAGGAGCUGCAGAAGCUCCGAGCUGUGAAGAAGAAGAAGAAGGAAAGGCCCAGCAAAGACUGCCCCAAGUUGGACAUGCUCGCUAGAGAUUUCCAGGAAGCAGCAGAGUCUGUGCCUGACUCCGGAAACAUCCACAAUGGCUCCCUAGAGCAAACUGCAGAACCAGAAACCUCAUCUCAUUCCCCUUCCAGACACGCCGAGCACACAGAGCCCAGGCCGGGGCCGGGGGCUGAUGGGGACGCGGCGGACCCCACGGCCACUAGGGACUCCGAGCUCCUCCUCCCGAAGGAGGCCAGUGGGAAACCGCAGGAGCCGCUGUCUUUUCUCCUGGACAUGAUGCACCAGCACAAGGAGGGCACGAGCCGACCGAAGCUGAAACAGGCCGGGAAAGCGAGCAGCGAGCCGGGGCGGAAGCCCGCGGAGCCCCCCAGAGCCGCGGAGGGCCAGCCCAGACCCCGGCCCCAGGCAGAGCCCAAGGCCAAACUGCUGGAGCCCCCGGCCCUGGCCGAGCCGAAGCGAGAGGAGAGGAAAGCCAGCAGUAACAACAGCAGGAAGCUGAACCACGUCAAGGAAGACAAGUGGCUCCCUGGCCCCGCGGAGCCCGCCUCCCCCAGCGAGCUCGCGCAUGGCGGCAAGCUGCUGCUGGCUGACUCCCCGCAGCCCAGGGGCAAGAGCAAGAAAAACAAGAAGAAGAAGGGAGACAGAGCGAGCAGCUCGAUCGAUGAUGUCUUUCUGCCUAAAGAUAUCGACCUAGACAGUGUGGACAUGGAUGAGACAGAGAGGGAAGUGGAAUAUUUCAAAAGAUUCUGCUUGGAUUCUGCCAGACAGACCCGACAAAGACUGUCUAUCAACUGGUCCAAUUUUAGCUUGAAAAAAGCCACCUUUGCUGCCCACUGAAUGAGGACUGCCUAGAGGGACGCGCGUGCGCUGGAGGUGGGCCAGGCCCGGAGCCGCUGUGCACGCCCAGUGGUGCCAGGUGGGCUGCUGCACCCGAGCCCCGGACCGAGGAUGUGCUGCUCGACCCACAUUGCUAGCUCGUGUGCGUGUAGUCUGUGAGCCUCUGGCGUAGCUCGGUGCCAUCGGACUGGGACAGUGGCCCCCGCCAGACCUUAUCCCCUGCGGCCUCGCCUCGGAGGCCUGGGCCGUGGCCAGAGACGCGUUCGCAUCCUCCACGUGGCUCUGUCGCCUGUGCAUCUCGCCCUGUCCUGUCAUCUGUCCCCGUCCACUGGGGCAUCGCCGUACUCAGCUCCCACCGGGGCGGGUGGGCGGGGCGGGCUAUCCGUUCUCCACAAUCUACUGGUUAAGAGUGUACACGUCGCGCCGUUUGUGUCUGAACCCCUGACUUGUAGCCAGCCUGUGUAAGACCCCUCGCAGAGUGAGAGUUCCAAAACAAAACCCGCCCAGUACUCACACCAUCAAGUCUGUAGAGUGUACGACUGGAUUAACACGGAGGCCUGCCUGGCUACUUUUUAACAUAUUGUUAAGUAAUAUUAAAAUCAUGUCUUUCUUUUUGAAAGAUGGAAUACAUUAGUA